AUGCGGGAUCGACUGUGCCAUCCACCUGCGUCCUUCCCCGCCUCCGGUCUUCUUGACUCUGGCUUAACAGAGGGUCCAGGUGGGGAGGAGGAGUGAGUGCGGUAGACGCUGUGCAGGUCUACAUUCACUAUGAACCAAAUCACGCACAAAUCACCGUCCCUGCUAUCACCUUGUUGUUUAGCACACAGUGGACAUCGUCGGCAACGACGUUCAAACUAUCGUAAGGAUAUCAUAAUGGGCUUUUUCAAAAUCGGUUAUUCCGUUAAUAUUGGCUAUAGUUAAAGAUUUUCCGCAGAGGCACGGAUCGGGUUCGACAAAUGGGCGAGUGCGUGAAACAGAAGACUGCUGGAAGUGCUUUUCUUUGAAACAACUAGGCAGACAGCUUUUUUCUGGCUCAUUCUGUGAACCUGGUUGACGAAAUGAAUACUAUAACGGACUGCAUCAUGGUCAGAGUCCAGGCAACACGCAUCCCCGGCAAACUGGAAAUUUUGGCUCUGAGGUGCGUUAUUAGCCACAGACUUCAUCGACAAGCAGGUCGUCUAAACGAUGCUUAUAAGCCUGGACAGACCGCAUGCGGGCAUCACCACUUGCAAGAGGCCUUGAAGGCCUACAGUUUUGACUGAAGAGAGAAGCGUCAGAGCGCCAAGCCGAGUAAGCAUCCAAAGGCAGGAUAAGACACCUGGUCUUGCCGUCCCGAGUUGAGGUACAACUAGUUGACGAUGACGAACAGGUCAAACGAGUUGGCAAUAACUUAAGAAGCCUACUUCUUCCUUCCAGAAUCGCAUGGUUUCCCGUCUACCGAAUGGAGCAAUUCUGGGAGCGGUACUGAGCAGCCCUAUGACUGCUCCUAUAUUCCCAAUGAACUGCAUGCUAAUGCGCUCCUUCAGUGUGUUCCCACCUUCACCACAUCAUCCUCCUCCUCCGCAUCCUCCGAGUGCGUCUUGCAGGAUCCAAUGAAUAGCGGCAGUCUUGCCCUGAGAGGAUGCGCCUCCUCUAGCCGGGACGCCCACGCCUGUCCCGACUUUAACCUCCUGUCUGAGGGUCACAGUACGUCGCGGCUGUUUGAACGACAGGCCCUCGGCGGCAGGCUGUCCUCGAUGGAAUACGGCAGCCUUCAGAACCCCUCCCAAUCACCCAUCAGCUCCUUCUCCGCAGCGGCUGCAGUGGCCGCAGUCGCAGCCGCCUACAUGUCCUCCUCUACCACGGGCUACUUCCCAGCGGCCGGCAGCGCCUUCUCGACGUCAUCACUCGCCUGUCCCUGCUCUUCCUCAAAGUCAGAAUCCAAGGAGACAGUAGGCAGACAGGUCUUUCCACUGAACUCCAAUGUCAGCCAAGUCGACAUCUCUACGCUGGAUAGGUUCGCGGGGGGACUGUCCGUGCAGCCUUCGGUGAACAGUGACAUGCCCUUUGCAGACUGUGUGGCGCAAGGGUUGAGUAUGAGGGCUGAUCAGUACUUGCAAGUGGAUGCGUCCGGCGCCGACGACUACCUUUUAGGCAAGCAGAAGACUGAGUACUGUGGUGGGAAUUAGUAAGUUCCCUCUUUUCUUCUGGUUGGACUCUAUGCUCAGUCUAUCCACAUGCUUCGCAAUCCAAAGUGGAGAAUUACUUAGGGCAGUUAGCUUACUGUCAGAUUUGAUGGAUUUCAUACGUUGCCGCAGUGUGGACGCCUAACUUGACCCAAAUGUGAUUAAACCCACUGCUCUCGGUGGGGCCUCUUAGCUCAGGUGGCUAGAGCGUUGGUUGGACUAAAGCUUUCCCCUUGCUGUCGUGGGUUCGAAUUCCACCGAGGCGCCGAGAUUUCUACAGUUGAUUGAUAGAUGUUUUGGCAGAUUUUGAAUAAUUCAUAUUAACCCAACUGUGAAAAACCCGGCGCUCCGGUGGAAUUCGAACCCACGCGGUAAGGGGAAGGCUUUAGUACAGCCAACGCUCUAACCACUUGAACUACGAGGCCCCGCCGGAGUUUUCGCGUAGUCCAGCGGGGCUUCGUAGCUCAAGUGGUUAGAGCGUUUUCUGUACUAAAGCCUUCCCCUUACCGCGUGGGUUCGAAUCCCACUGACGCGCCGAGUUUUUCACAGUUGAGUCAAUAUGAAUUCCACAGCUGAGUUAAAAUGAAUUAUUCAAAAUAUGCCAAAACACCUAUUAAAACUGAAUAUUUGAGGAAAAGCGAGACUGGAUUGACCAUCUGCUGGUUAUUCUAGAUCAUCAGUCGGUCCCAUCCAAUGCGAGGCCUGAGAUACGAAACCGCGUGUAGACAACGUAAGGUGCUCUUGAGUCCUCUACCACCGAGACAAAAAUUCACAUCCUCUCAGCUGUGAACGGGAGUAAUCAGAAUCAUGUCAAGGGGGCUUUUAAAGAUCUAACCUGCUUUUGUGACUGGAUGCAGACUAGAGUGCAUGAAGACUGUUGCGUAUCUACGAGCAUCCCAUAAUUGUAAGGUCAGGCAGUAUAGCUGAAACCGACUCCUCGUUGGCAAUCAACAGAGCAUGGAUCCGAGGGUUCAGUAGCAAAGCGCUGAACUAUACACCAGCAGAACCUAAUUUCUAGUUUGCGGUAUUUCUGGCCGUAGCGUUUAGCGUGUGGCGAAUGGGAAUGUCUGUCAACCUCUCGACUACUGAGGGCUGAGCACCGUGUAACCGACAAAAGUAUCUUUGGCUCGGAACUCCCGUUAGGAUCCAAACGUCUGUAUGCGGCUAUGCAAUCAACUUGGGUAUUACAAUGUCCCUGACACGUGAUGGUAUGUUUUACUUAGCACUGUUGGCCCACCAACUAUAAAAUGAGUCUUCCGAAUACACGUUAGUGGUAGUGUCCCAGGCUGAGGGAUUAAAGGCUGUAUCAAACCAGCAACAUACAGUAGGUGGGGCUAACUCAUGAAAUGUCAACUUAAAUUCCGAAAUACGUUUUCGUUUCGAAAAGAUUAAUUAGGUAGGGUUGUAAAACUUGUCAGUCUAAAACAUAAUUCUAUACUAUUUUAGUUACCUCAGGAUGCCGGCUUUCGAAAGAACUUCCUUCCGGCUGUAUGUCAAAACUAUACUCUGUAAAAAUGACUACUUACGUAGUAUGGAGAUUUCUCAUUCAUUUUCGAUGCCCGUAAAAGUCCAAUUAUAUUUCCUGGAAAGCAUGAAUAAAAAUAUUCAUUCUUUUGCUCAUUUGGUAGAUAAUUAAGUCUUCUUCCAAUCUCAUACUCGAAGGAAGGGUGUUAUUAGGUUUUCAAAAACUUUUCCAAUUCCCGAAUAAUUUUGAACCCGCUCUACAGUUACAUUUGGAUUCAGGGUUUCCAAACUACAAGCUGUAUAUUUUCCGCGUACGGAAGACCACAGAUUUCUCUACGGUAGUAAAGGGGGACCGGAUAGGCUUCAUAAAAUUUAGCAGUGGAAUUGAUCCAUAUUGUUAACUUUACGAGCCACAUUGGUAAAUGCAGAGACAUGACGAUUUAUGAACGGCCAUUUCCCGGUAUUUAAAAGUCCCACAACUAGAAACUUUUUAAAAACUGAAUUAUACCCCUCGUUUGAGCAUAGAAUUAGAAGACGUAAUUUUCUACCGAAUGUGCAAAAGAAUGAAUAUUUUUAUUCAUGUUUUCCAAGAACUGUGAUUGAACUUUUAGGGGCAUCGAAAAUCAAAGAAAAAAUGCAUGCUACUUAAGUAGUCAGUUAUUUCAAAGUACAGUUUUAUAUGCAGCCGGAUGGAAGUUCGUUCGAAAGCCGGCAUCCUGAGGUAACUGCAUUAUUAUAGAAUUGUACUGCAGAUUGAUUAGUUCUAUAACCCUACUUAAUUAAUCUUUUCGGAAUGACAACGCAUUUCAGAAUUUCGGUUGACAUUUCACGAGUUAGCCCACCUACUGCAUCUUCCGAGCAUUUAAAAGCCCCCCCCCACUUUUAAUAAAUGCGCGUUAACAGGAAUAUAUCCCUGCCAAAAACGAAAAACUAAUGUAUGGAUCUCUCGACUAGGGAGUUCAGAAUAACCGGCCAUCUAUUAAGCAACCCCACUUAGUUAUACGAUUAGACUUGUUGAUCAUUCGUCAGGCAUUAAAGGGUUAUCGAGUAGGAUCACAGGGGUGGAUAGCCUUCGAAUGAAAAAGUAAUACUGACAAGUGAAAUCGGCAGGCAUACAAUAAAAGCAAACUUGGACUGAACACUGGAAUAUGGACCUCCCCGCACUAGAGGUGAACUUGGGCUACUUGAUCAGGAUGUACUUAUUCCGUGUCCUCAACUUGGCCCAAACCUUAACGCUAGCCCUCAUAACUCAACGGGGGUCCGUUUCCUCUCACUAUACCUAAACUGGAAAGCCCAUGUUUCCUCCUACCUUGGGACUAGGAGAGCGAAAGUCACGGCUGCACCCGCCAGUCAUACAGUUACAAGGAUCCAGAUUCUAGGUUUGACUUUUGCCAGGAAGAGGCAUGAUGCCAUAUGCCUACUUAAGGGCUAGAGUAAUAUCUGUUGCAGUUCUGCUAAUAGCUCCAUGUUACAAUUAAAAAGCCAAAUUGGCAAACACCUGUUUUCCGUAACUCAUCUUCAGGUCAGUACAGUUACAUAUACCCUUGGAGAUAUUAAAAAUGCACAGCAUUUAUAAACGACUCAGGGGCCAUUAACACGCAUCAUUCCCACGCCACCCUCACGAUGAGGUCGGCGUGCUAUGAUCACUGGGACCAGGGGGGGGGGAGUGGGAGUGUGACAAAGGUUGUGAUUGAUGUUUGUAAGUCGGGUACGCGGAGCACACAGUGUGAGGCCGUGUCCGCUGUUAUCCUCUACUCUUCGAUAUUACUGUUUGGAGUUGGUCGACAGGUUCGCGCAUUGCUUGCAUACCAAUCCCCGCAAGAUGUUCUGCUUCUUUUCGAUUGGGAAUCUUCCCAAUCACACCUGUCUAUGCAAAGCAGAUAACGCUUUCAUACACUUGGUGACCUAACUCAUUAAAUGUGUUGAAAUUUACGAAUGAUCGUCAAUCACUCGUAAACCGACAGCAUUUCAUGAGUCCAAUGUCUGUGUUAAUUGAGUACAUGUUUUAAAGAAUUAAGAACAUAAAAGAAAUACUAAAGGCAGUGUUGCGUUGUUUAGAAAUGUCGAUUUAUUUUAGAAAAGCGCAAUAUCCCGAAAACGCCAGAAAUGGUCUUAAUUUAGUAAACUUCGUUUUUAGAUGUAUUACAUGUAUUCCCAUAUCAAAAACGUAGUAAAUAUGAAAGGAGAAAUAAAAUAACGUCUAAUAAUAGUGUUUCAGUGAAGUUUACAACUGAAUAUCGUUUAAUAAUUAGUGUGAUUUCACAUAUGACGGUUUGUCAACUGCCUACAUUCUGAGUGUAGAUUCCAAAACAGUUUUCCAUGGUUUCGUGUUAUCCUUGUCUCUUCUGAGUUAAAUGAGAUGGGUCUCAACAAGAGAAACUGGAUUUUGCUUGAAUGUACCGAUGGUGACGUCGUAGGAACAAAAGCGUGCAUAAGGCGACAUACCAUGAGGUCGGUCGGUGCCUAAUAAAUUUAAAUAGAACUGACAGGCGUGAUCGUAAACGCAUCAUUAAAUAUUUAUAGAGAGAACUUUUCUUUCGUUAAAUUAAUUUACACUUUUCGUUCGUUUUGGAUUGCGUUGAGUUUCAGAUCGGCCGCGAAAUAUUGCUGAAUACUUCAUGAUUUUCAGUGUUUUCACUUGAUCGUCCAUAAAAACAGAUUCUGAAUUACCUGUCACGUACUGUAUAGGCAGCAAGCGAAUUUUAUGGUGAUUUUUAUGUUUUGGAACAGCCCAUUAUUGUUCCAUGUUGCAAUAUCAUCUGGCACCAUCAUUGAUUACAAUGCGGUGGCUAAUCAGUUAUAAGAAAUCCACAUUCAGAACGAGAUUCUGUUUUACAUGGACUAACACAUCAGUAACGUUCUCUUAGGAAUUAUGGUAGUCAACUUAAACUAUAUGCUCCUUGGUUUAGCUCAUCUCGCGGAAGGGGACCACCCAUGUGGCUCACUGAGACAAACGGCGCCUCUGCCCUCGGCUUCCCUCACUAUCGAGACGCCUUUCCGACAAAGGCGGACGCAUUUCCGGGGCUUCAACGUGACCAGCAGCAACAGCAACAGAGGUCACAGCAGCAACCAAUCUAUCCGCACCCUCUAGUGGGCCUUUCGGCGAUUUCUGCAGCACCCAGUUCUCUAGUCCGUCCAUUCCCCUUCGGAUACACAUCACACUUUCCCCAAGCCACCGCUACCGAGGCUUUCAUUAGCCAUUCGGGCAAAGACCGCGAGGAAAGCUUCUUCCAUUCAAACGAGGCCUCUGAUGGUUGCCUAAACAGUGGUACAGCGUCUCCAGGCGCCUACAGGAAGGAUACUGAGACCACUUUUCAGAGAGUACCACUGAACAAUGAACAAAACCGGGCGAAAACUAGAGGCGACGCGGCGCAUAAGAUGGCCCACGUGAAGAAACCCCUCAAUGCCUUUAUGCUCUUCAUGAAGGAGAUGCGCGCCAAAGUAGUGGCCGAGUGCACCAUGAAGGAAUCAGCCGCUAUCAACCAGAUUCUCGGCCGAAAGUGGCAUGCUCUGCCACGUGAAGAGCAAGCCAAGUUCUACGAAAUGGCCCGUCGGGAGAAGGAGAUCCACCAGCGUCUCUAUCCGGGCUGGUCAGCCAGAGAUAAUUAUGCCUUCCAUGCGAAACGGCGUAAGAGUCGAUGCAGAUACCGCAGCUUCGGUGCCGGAGCGGUUAAAAGUGGAGCUGCCUGUAUCGGGAAGAACAGAGAUCAGGAAGGCGGAAGUCCUUCGGAGGAAGUUUCUUCGGGAUUGGUUACCCCAACGACGUCCCCGAACUCGGCCUCAGCAUCCGGAAAAGAUAGCUUCCACGGGUAUUCUUUCAAUUUUGACGGCAUACCUGCGUUUCGCCAGCCGGAGGGGAAAGCGCUAACCUGUUUCAAUCUGAUGGACCGUCAGCCGUUCAGCACAGUUUCAGCUUCACUCCCUGACUGUGAGUUUUAAAGUGGUACAUGCACCAACGUGGGUUCCUACUAUUUCCAUAAUCUACGUAAAACUUGAUGUUAUUUAUAAAAACCGUAGGCCAUAUCAAACUGUUUCUCGAUCUGAAUAACCCAAACCCUAAGGGGCGGAAUACUGUGCAGAGGGCUUUGAAUCUCAAAAUUGUCUAUAGAGCGCCGGGAGAUCAAUAAUUACUCUCUGUAUAUUCAUACAACCUAAUAUAACAGAUCCUUCCUCAAAGUAGCCGCAUACACUCGACACUAUAUGAUGAGAAUAGAUCGAUACGCAUAACUGUCGUGCGAAUAUGCAUCAACUCUAGAACCGUUAGGCAUGACGCCGACCCGUGGCUCAUAUGAGAUCGCGUUUUGACUUAAAAAAUACUUAGCUAACAACUGACUGUAGUUGGUAUCUCCCUCGCCUGGCCUAAGGCCUAGAUAUCGCUGACCGAUGACGGUUACUGAGCCGAAAAUGAACACUCCAGUGGUACUCAUCUCUAUCGGCAACACUUCCCAAGCCAAGAUCUUAGCCGCGUGUUGGGUCCUAUGCUUUGCCAGUAUGAAUAUGACACCAGAGCAAAGUUUCAGCACAAAGAUGUUACAGGCAAGUCCACUUUCCCUCAUCUAUUCGUCAAUGGGAAGCCAACAUCCUAAGGAUCACCCCGCUAGGCAAAAUACUUUAACACACCAGAACCUCUGGAUUCCGAGUCAAUCUUAAAGGUGUGAACGGGUCCGGUCGAUUGAGUUGUGACUGGAGAGCUGGUGUCAUUUAUCCCCAUUGCCAUGUGUUCCGCCAGUAGUUGCUUUGCCCGCAACUGUACCAGAUCAAACAAACGACUGCAGACGUUUCUCCUCAUAACAAUGGAUCUUUCUGCCCUGUUACCUGGCUCCGGUCUGCGUGUAAUUCCACCCCAAGUGGCGCGAGAAAACGGCUGAGGGCUUCCGAAAUUUUAAGUCAUUGCAUUUUGGUCCCUCGUCUCGGGUACGUAUGCACCGGUUAGCGACGCUGAGCGGAUAACUAUUUACUCUGAGCACCUGUCGAAGAUACUGAAGUUUGGCAACCCUGUCUUCUGGUUCUUUGCAGUGCGUUGCAAUUCGCCGAUAUACGCAACUGCUGAAUAAAAGCAGAAUCAGCGCAAAGCAAUACUGUACCAAUCUACCCGCAUUUUAGUCACCAUUCCCCUCUGCUACAUGCAAGUACGCUUGUGACUGCUUGGGCGGUUGCUGUUGAAGUUCAGUUCUUGCGUCGGUGGUUUUUAGGCCACCACAAACUUUGCGGCAGUCAAGGACAUCAAGGAAAUUCAGUUGAUUGCUUUCGUUCUCUAAUUGUUUGAUGAGCGGCAAUCGUUGCGAUUUCAUCAUCGGCUGUUGAUACUGCGGUGGUAAUUAAUCGACUCCGGGACUUUGCAGGAGCUCGCAUUUUCGCAUGUGUCGACGAUGGUACAGGUUCUUAUGCUGUUCCUUUCAAUGAAACCUCAAAAAUAUGACCGUACUUGACACUGACGAUCCCACCAAACACACUCAGGCAUCUAAAACUGAGACGGAGGGGCGACUUGUUUAAGCUAUGAAAUACUCAUUCAGACCUUAAUGCAAUUAACUUACUGUCUUUGAUGAAUCUGCAGACUUCAAGGAAGGGGCAGACAGCAUACGAAACAGUUUUAAACAGUGUGAUUCCAUCACAGACUACCGACAAGCACCACCUUGGCUCCCUAAUCCAGCCCUCUACGAGGCUGCCGCACGACCUGCCUGGUUCCCACAGACCCCUGCCUCAGACGGCCACAUCUUAACCUCUUUCGCCUACAACCUCGACGGAGAGUUCUCUGAUGCCGCUCCGUCGACGGAGCCCCGUCGUAGACCCACCUCUGAGACCUCCACAGAGAACGCCAAGUCCGCCUUUCGCAUGCAUGCUCAGAGGACACCCGGAGACCCCGCAGCCGACUGCAACAGGACCCAAGCCGACCUCUUCGCAGAGACCAUCGUCUCCGCCGCAACGGCAGCAAAUGUCGCAUUUGACCCCAAGCUGGCGCCCACCUGCGAAACCGUCAUGAACCCCUAUGACUUCUGUUGCUCACAGACCUACGGCGGGGGAGACCAGUUCCGGCCAGGGGAGAAGGGAAGGGAUGAGUACUCCAUUCACGGUGUUUAA